AGCCAGUCAAACAGAUGCUCUGGGAUCGGCUGACCACUCUCCUGGGCCUGCUUAGUGGGGUCUGUCUGCCUACAGGUUCAGGGAGACCUGGACCUCGUCAUCCCCCUCAGUCUUGGGCUGCUACCAAUCAGACCCAGCCUUGGGUGGACCCCCUGCAGCCAUGGUCUUCCCUGGGCACCUGGAUGGCCUUCCUGGGGCUGCAGAAAACCAAGCAGCUGGGGACAAGCCGGGUGUGGCGAGGCCAGGAAGUGGCGGCUGCUGUGUCCUUACCCCUGGAUCCACAGGAAGUGACGCAUGAGACUUGUAAAGCUGUGCCCUUUAUCCAGGUUCUCUCUAGGCCUGGCUGCACACCUGCCCGAGUCCGCAAUCGCCUCUGCUUUGGCCGCUGCUUCUCCCUCUAUGUGCCCGGCUCGGCUGCCACCCCGAGGGUCCUCAGUAACAGCUGUGUGCCCGCUCGCAGACGCCGGGUGCCGGUGGUCCUGUGGUGUAGCACGGGCAGCCCAGCCUGGCGUCGGCGGGUGAAGGUGUCCACAGAGCUGGUCCAGGAGUGCCAGUGCAUCCCCAAGCCCUGAGCCGGGCACUAUGGAUGGACAGACCGCAGAGACAGACGUCCAACCAGCAUGAGGAACGACUUGGUUAAGGGGCCAAGGAUGCAAGGACACAGGUCCCCGAAGCCCUCCUCCAGCGCGGAGGGGGAUGGGGGGAGACACUAGACACAGCCCUAGCGGUGGAGGUGGACCACUCAUCCCCAUCACUGUGGGGAGGGGGCGGGGCUCAGCC